AUGGAAUUCCACGAAUUUUUGAAUCAGGUGAGUAAAAGUUUAAAGUUCAACCUAAUUUUAUCGAAAAUAAAUUUCAGUUACCAACACGGCGAACAGAUUCAGUUGCAAGAUGGUUGCGAAAAAAUCGAUUCAAAAUCAAAAAGUAAAUUUUUUUAUUCGGGAUUAGUAACAUUUCAUGAUUUUCAAUUCAGAAACGAGAGUUCAUCAAGUAGUUCAUCGGAUGCCACAAUUCUCAUCGAUUCUCCUGAAGAUUUACCCGAAGGUAUCACAAGUUGGGAAGAUUUGGCAAAAUACCGUGAUAAUCAGAAUAAUAAUUGUGAUGAUAUUGUUUUCCAAUGUCGAAUAAAUCAACGAGUUCAAUUGAAAAGGUUAUACGAAGUGAAUUGGGAAUAUUAUAAUUCGAAUCAUUGUCAACAUAUAAUUUUCACCAAAGCUUGUCCGAAUCAUCAGAAAGAGAAAAAAAUCGAUGGAAUUUUGCGAAACAAGAAAAUCUUGUCCAUCGUGUAAAGGCAAGAUUUUCAAAUUUUCAAAACUUAUUCCGAAUUCUAUAUAAUUUCAGGCACAAAAUUCAACAUUUCUCUACGAUUAACAAUUCCUCUAAAAACCCAACCCGGAUGUGAUAUUCUUGUAGCUCUCAGCUCUUCCAAAUUCCGCACUCAACCCAUUUUCAAUCGCAAUAAAAUCCUGGAAAUGUAUGAAACAUCUUGGGAAUUUCGGCAACAUUGGCUCGAGGAUGUGAAAAGCUUCGUGAGGUUGAAUUUUGUUUCAAAAAGAUUGAAGAUUUUUACGGGAAGAGUGAUUAGGCAGAAAAAUGACGAUCAGAAGAAGCGCGCAUUUUUGUUUUGUAAUGAUUUUGAAAUUGUUUAA